UGACUGACACAUUUGUCAAAUACAUUUGACAUUCACUCUUUUUAUGAUAGCUCUAUAUUAUAAUACGAUUUUUAAUGGCUUUAUUUCAGCAGACCACUACAGUAGAUAAAGAAACUACUAGAAAAAAAUUACCACCAAAGUUUAUUUUAAGUUCGUCUCAAAAAGACGAUCUCAAACAGGCUUUCGACCUUUUUGAUCACCAAGGGGUUGGCAAAAUUGAUAUAAAAGAUCUUAAGGUAGCUAUACGAGCACUUGGUUUUGAACCAGGAAAAGAAGAAAUAAGGAAGAUGGUAGCUGAUAUUGACAAAGCAGGGACUGGAAAGAUAUCAUUUGAUGACUUUUUAUACCUCUUAGCUACGAAAAUGUUCGAAAAUGAUACAAGAGAAGAUAUGAUCAAAGCUUUUAAGUUGUUCGAUGAAAACGGUAAAGGCUUUAUAACAGUUGAUGAUUUGAAAAAAGUAGUAAUGGAACUCGAUGAAAACUUAACAGACGAAGAAAUACUCGAAAUGAUUGAUGAAGCUGAUAGAGAUGGCGAUGGGGAGGUAAACCUAGACGACUUUUUAAGAAUGAUGAAAAAAGAAAUACUAGAAAUAUAAGUAUUCUUAUAAACAUUAUAUUUUUGAAAUCUUGUACUUUGUGUGGUAUAAAACAUAUUUUUCAUUC